AUGUGGACGCCGUCGCGCGGGAGCAACGCCCGGCGCAGCGGCCACUGCCGCAUCGCGGACUACCUGACGGACGACCAGACCACCACCACCGCCACCGACGCCUCCGACAACGAGUCCUACACUACCGCCUAUGGGGAGGAGUUCUUCUUCGCCGCCGCCUCCGCCGGGAGCGCCGGCGGCGGCGGCAUGCUGCCGGCAUUCCUCGCGGACCAGGGGGACCUGGUGGAGGUCAUGCUGGAGCUGGACGAGGAGUCCAUGGUGGUGCGUAGCGUCACGCCCACCAGCGCCGCGCUCUACGGCGCCGCCUCCCUCCCGGCGCCGCCGCUGCCCGCGGGGUUCGGGGUGUCGCCGUCGCCGCGCCGCGCGCCGUCGGAGGGCGGCGCCGGCCGCCUGAGCCGGUGCUCGUCGACCUCGUCGCGGAUACGGAAGAAGUUCGCGUGGCUGCGGUCGCCGUCGCCCUCCCAGUCCCCGUACCGCCCCACCCCCGCCGAGCUGCAGCGGGAGGCCGCCAUGGCGGCGCGCGAGCGGCGGCGGGAGCAGGCGCAGCUCAACCGCUCCCGCGCCGGCGCCAGGCGCGCGCUCAAGGGCCUCCGCUUCAUCAGCCGCACCACGGGCUCCGUCCAGGCCGCCGAGCUCUGGCGCCGCGUCGAGGAGCGCUUCAACGACCUCGCCCGCGAAGGGCUGCUCUCCCGCGACGACUUCGGCGAAUGCAUCGGAAUGGUGGACUCCAAGGAGUUCGCGGUGGGCAUCUUCGACGCGCUGGCGCGGCGGCGGCGGCAGAACCUGGAGCGGAUCACCAAGGAGGAGCUCUACGACUUCUGGCUCCAGAUCUCCGAUCAGAGCUUCGACGCGCGGCUCCAGAUCUUCUUCGACAUGGUGGACACCAACGUGGACGGGAGGAUAACGAGGGAGGAAGUACAGGAGCUGAUCGUGCUCAGUGCGUCGGCCAACAAGCUGGCAAAGCUCAAGGAGCAGGCGGAGGAGUACGCGGCGCUCAUCAUGGAGGAGCUCGACCCGGAGAACCUUAGCUACAUUGAGCUGUGGCAGCUCGAGGCGCUGCUGCUCCAGCGCGACACCUACAUGAACUACAGCCGCCCGCUGAGCACGGCCAGCGGAGCUCAGUGGAGCCAGAACCUCGGCGUCGGCGGCGGCACGCUGACGGUACCAGGAGGCGGAGGUGGAGGAGACGGCGGCGGCGGCGGCCGCGGCGCCGACGGCGAUCACCCGCGCGAGCGUCGCCGGAUGAGGUGGGGCGUGCGGAAGGCGGCGGCGCGGGUGCGCGUGGCGGCGGAGGAGAACUGGCGCCGCGCCUGGGUGCUGGUGCUGUGGUUCGCGGCCAUGGCGGCGCUGUUCGUGUGGAAGUUCGUGCAGUACCGGCGCACGGCGGCGUUCCAGGUGAUGGGGUACUGCCUCCCCACGGCCAAGGGCGCCGCGGAGACGCUCAAGCUCAACAUGGCGCUCGUGCUCCUCCCCGUCUGCCGCAACACGCUCACGUGGCUGCGCUCCUCCUGGGCCCGCUUCUUCGUCCCCUUCGACGACAACAUCACCUUCCACAAGAUGAUCGCGACGGCGAUCGUGGUGGGGAUCACGCUGCACGCGGGGAACCACCUGGCGUGCGACUUCCCGCGGGUGAUCGCGGCGAGCCCGGAGGAGUACUCGCUGGUGGCCGGCGCGUUCGGCGCGGACAAGCCCACGUACGCGGGGCUCCUGUCGGGCACCGAGGGCGUCACGGGCGUGGCCAUGGUGGUGCUCAUGACCGUCUCCUUCACGCUGGCCACGCACCCGUUCCGCAAGGGCGAGCCCAAGCAGGGCGGCGCGGGCGCCGUGACGUCGCGGCUUCCGGCGCCGCUGAACCGGCUCACCGGCUUCAACGCCUUCUGGUACUCGCACCACCUCCUCGGCAUCGUGUACGCGCUCCUGCUCGUCCACGGCUACUUCCUCUUCCUCGUCCGGAGGUGGUACGAGAAGACGACAUGGAUGUACAUUUCUGUCCCACUGGUGUUCUACGUUGGUGAAAGGAUGCUUAGAGCCUUGAGGUCAAAUGCUUAUACCGUAAAAAUUGUCAAGGUGUGUCUUCUACCUGGAAAUGUAUUGACCAUAACAAUGUCAAAGCCCUACGGAUUUCGGUACAGAAGUGGACAGUACAUAUUUCUUCAAUGUCCAAUGAUUUCUCCAUUUGAAUGGCACCCUUUCUCCAUCACUUCGGCACCUGGAGAUGACUACCUCAGUGUUCACAUCCGAACAAAUGGAGAUUGGACACAAGAGCUCAAGUGCAUAUUUGUGGACAACUACUUCUCACCACAUCUUAACAGAAGAGCUUCAUUCAGCGAGCUAGGUGCGGCAGAACCAAGAAGCUUGCCAAAAUUACUUGUAGAUGGUCCAUAUGGUGCCCCUGCACAGGAUUUUAGAAACUACGAUGUUCUACUUCUUGUCGGCCUCGGAAUCGGGGCAACACCAUUCAUAAGCAUUCUAAGGGAUCUGCUUAAUAACAUUAAGAUAGCUGACGAAUUGAUGGACUUGGCAAUGGAGACUAGCAGGUCUGAAGACAGCGCCAACAGCUUUAGUGUCUCAACAGCUAGCAGCAACCGGAAGAGAGCAUACAGAACAAGCCGUGCACAUUUUUACUGGGUCACCCGAGAAGCCGGAUCAUUUGAAUGGUUCAAAGGGGUGAUGAAUGAGGUUGCAGAAAUGGACAAGAAGGGUGUCAUAGAGCUGCACAAUUACCUCACAAGUGUUUACGAGGAACGCGAUGCGCGGACAACUCUGCUGUCCAUGGUGCAGGCUCUGAACCAUGCCAAGCACGGCGUCGACAUCGUAUCAGGAACCAGGGUGAGGACACAUUUCGCCAGACCCAAUUGGAAGGAAGUCUUCACCAGGAUCGCCUCCAAGCAUCCGAAUUCAACAGUUGGUGUGUUCUACUGCGGCGCACCGACGCUUGCCAAAGAGCUGAAGACUCUGUCGCACGAGAUGAACCACAAGACGGGCACUCGCUUCCAUUUCCACAAGGAGUACUUUUGA